AUGCUGGCUGCCGGCAUCGCGGCAUGGCCCGCCGUGGCCGCGGGUGACACCAAGCUGCUGUGCGACGUCGACUGCGUAGCACGCCUGGAGUCUGCAGAGCUGGUGACCACACCCUCUGGGCUGCAGUACCGCGAUAUCACAGUGGGCACAGGCCCGCAAGCCGAGGUGGGCUACCAGGCUGUGGUGCACUACGUGGCUCAGCUGCCCAACGGCCGCGUGUUUGAGAACAGCCUCGAGCGCGGCGCACCCUUUGAUGUCAGGAUUGGCACGGGCAUGGUUGUGGCUGGCCUGGACGAGGCGCUCUCCACCAUGCGCGUCGGAGGCGUGCGGCGCGUCUACGUGCCCGGGCCCCUGUCGUUCCCCAAGUCACUCAAGGCCGCCGCAGGCCGGCCCACGGUGCCGGCGAACUCGCCAGUGAUCUUUGAUGUUUCGCUCCUUUACAUUCCUGGCCUGGACGAUGAGUAG